AUGACUGAUAUACAGCGAGCAAAGCAAGCCAAUCAGGCUCAAAUCAGGCCAGGCUUGGUGCCGAAUCCGAAUGACAACAAGUUCCGGGAUAGCAAGCCUCGACUUUUGCUGAUGGGGUUGCGACGGAGCGGAAAAUCAUCCAUCUCGAGCGUCGUGUUCCAUAAGAUGCCCCCUAACGAAACGUUAUUUCUUGAAUCCACGACUCGAAUUCAGAAAGAUUCAAUUCAUUCAUUUAUGGACUUUCAGGUCUGGGAUUUCCCCGGUCAGCUGGAAUUGCUCGACCCUUCCUUUGACUUGGAAAGUAUCUUCGGCUCAAUCGGUGCCCUAGUAUGGGUUAUUGACGCACAAGACGACUAUCUAGAGUCAGUGGUGCGACUCAACCGUACUAUUUUGAUCGUUCUACAAUAUUACCCAAACAUCAACAUUGAAGUUUUCAUCCACAAGGUCGACGCACUUGCAGAUGAGUUCCGGACGGAAGUCUUUCAGGACAUUGUGCAGCGCAUAUCCGACGAACUUAGCGAUGCAGGCUACGAGAAUGCACCUGUACAUUACUACCUCACAUCUAUCUACGACUACUCUGUGUUUGAGGCCUUUAGUAAAGUGAUUCAGAAGCUUAUUCCACAACUAUCCACACUCGAAAACUUGAUCAACAUUCUUGCUAACAACUGUGGAUUCGACAAAUGUUAUCUGUUCGAUGUGUUGAGCAAGAUCUAUAUUGCGUCCGACACUCGUCCGGUCGAUAUGUCGUGUUAUGAGAUGUGCUCCGACUAUAUUGACGUUAUCGUCGAUAUAUCUGAACUAUAUUCGUGGGAGCAUGCCGAUCGCAAAGCCAAAGGCGAGCAGAUGCGCGAGGCCGAGUCUCAUGUCAUCCUUCAAGAUCGUAGUAUGAUUCAUUUGAUGGAGAUGAACAAGUAUCUUUGCCUAGUCUCAGUAAUCCGGAACCCCGAUGCCAACGAGAAGAAAGGGCUCAUUGAUAUGAACUGUCGUGUUUUCCAAGAGGCUCUUAACGAAGUGUUUUCCCGACCAUGGGAACAACCGGAGGAUAUAAAUGCCAUAGAAGAGGUUCGGGAGGAGCAGUGA